AUGAUCCUGGGUGGUUCUAAUGAUCAAAAAGCUCAGUUGUGGGCCUUCUUGCUCUGGAAGGACUCUCAGAUUAACCAAGGUGCAAACAAAGAUGCAUCUAAUUCCUGGAAGUUGUAUCAACAGUGGUGCAAAAUGGAGAUCCACAUUAGGAAUGCUUGGAUUAUGGCAGGAAAAACUAUUCAGACUUUCACCAAGAUCAACAAUACAAAAAUGCAUGACAUCGCACGCCAAGCACAACUCAGCGCAUCGGAUGGCUCGAAAAAUGUUGUAGUUCGCAAAAUAAUCAGAAAUGGUCAGCCGGAAGAAGCAGAAAGAAAGGGGGAGGCUGUCAAACAGCCGGAAACCAAAAUUCAAAAAAUUGAAGUUGUCGAGUCUGAACAGAACAAAGAGAAGAAGAACAAAUUGAUACCAUCGGUGAAACCCAAGUCUAAAACGCCUAAGAGCCCAGGUGAAAAUGAGCCCAGCGAUGAGGAAUAUGUAGUAGAAAAAAUUCUCGCAAAGCGACUAAACCCGAAGAAAAGGUGCUACGAGUACCUUUUGAAAUGGGAUGGUUACGCACACGAGUUCAAUACUUGGGAACCGAUUGAAAGCGUUUCAACCUGCAAGUUUUUACUUGAGGAAUUCGAAAGGAAUCUCGCGAAGCAAAAAGAACUGAAGGCGGCACAGGCAGUGCAACAAGCGCAAAAGCUUAACAGAAGCGCUGCAAACACGUCCCCGCAGAAAGCUCUCAUCAAGACCGAAAACGUGAAACCUGGCCCUAGUUCGGCAGCUCAAGCUGGAAGGCCAAUGCGAUCAAGCAAGACAAAGGCGAUGGAUCAAGUGAAGCAGUGGUGCGGAUCCAUGAAAGACGAGGAUGGUGAACCAAUGUCAGGAAAAAGAAAAGGCCAGUUUUCGGAUAGCGAUUCCGAUCACAGUCCAGUGAAGCGCUCAAGAGGCGACACAGCGAGCGACGACGAGGACUGGACCGCCGACUCGGAAGAAGAGAGAAUAACAGGUCGAAGUGAUGUUAUUCAACGUGCCUUUAAUCGCGCCAAUGCCCAAUCAAAUGGAUCCAAUCGACCACUUGUCUCCAGCUCUGAUUUGUCAACAACAUCGCUAAACGAAAGCAUGAAAUCGAAUCAGCCAGUUUUAGUUGCAAAUGCCAAGGGUGUGGUGAAAGUGGACCCGAAACAAGUGCCGAAUCUUUCCUCGGGUGUCUACGUAAUGUCGAGAAAGGACGGGAUUAUCAAAUUGGACUCGUCGCCUGGUAAUAAGGUCGGCACCAAACUCGGCUCGCCGAUGACGCAGAGUGUUAUGAUGGUGCAGAGUCGAGACGCGGCCGGAAAUAUUGUGAGGAAGCAGGUGAUCACCACCACCCAGGCAAACUCUGUGACGCCUCUCAAAGUCAUGUCCAAGGAUGGAAAUCAAGUUUUCACCCAGAUGAAGGUCGCUACGAAAGUGACGCCGACGAAGCAAGGCACAGUCUUGUCGCCCAAGUCGGAGCCGAUCAAGAUUCAGCCGAAGCCUGAUCCAAGUCAAAUGCAGCAGAUACAUGUUGUGACUGCUGUUCCUACACCGAUUGCGCUGCAACCGAGAAUUACGACAGGAAUUCGUCCAGGUCUCACGACGGUUCAACGCGGCAUUGAUGGACGUCCUCUCCUGCCGAGAACAACUCUUCGACAAACGGCUCCAGCAAACAUCGUCAGCGUAGGAGGAAUCCGAUCACCGAUCCGAGCACCAGCUUCAAGGCAAGCAGCGCCUCGCCAAGUCCUUCAAAAACGGUCGCCCGGUAUUGUCCAGACUUCCACGCCCACCCUGAGUCCAGUCACCCAAAUGAAGCCCAAGUUUACAGUCGUUCCCGGUGGUGUCAAUAAGCUGCCACAAAAAAGCAGUCCCGUGCAGACAAAACCAAUCCAAAAAUUACCACCCGGCAAGCCUCAGUCGCUGAUAUCUCCCCAACAGAAAUUAUUGAUGGCGAAGCGAAAAGCACAGGAGCAGGCUGGUGUGAAACCAUCGCCUGGUCGUGGUCUUUUGGCAGGUGCCAGAGGAACUCCAGUUCGAGGAAAGCCGAAGCCCGCGGAGCAAGUUACACCUAACCAGGCUAACAAGCCGAAGGAAAGCAAACUUGCCGAGGGUGACGGUUUACACAUGGAAUUCCAUGAGGUGAAUUCUGAGGAAAGCAGUAGUGAGGAGGAGCCAGAAGCUCCUCCUCCGGUAGAAGCAACUGGAGCUGCUUCUGGAGUUGCAGCUACUGUUACUGCUACUGUCAUCACUCCUAUCGAGCCUGAAAGUCCACCUAACGAAUUCAGCCUGUGUCCUCUGACUGGACGAAUCAUUGGUCCCGACGGGGAACCUGUCGAGCAACCGGAACCAGAAGUUCCCGAACCCACCCCUCCAACCCCUGUACAAAUCAUUGCCGCGUCUGACAUCACACCCACUUCAGUUGCUUCCGGCUCCAGUGCGGAACUGGUUCUUCCUUCUCUGGAGGGAUUGACCGACGCUUCCGGAAUGAUGAGGGUUGAAAUGAGUCCUGGUGGUACGACGGGAACUAUCGUUCAAACGUCAGAGUCGGAGCAAAUUGGUCUCUCGACCGUGACUGCACCUGACUUGCCUUGCUUGGAUGACAGCAUUCCUGUCACAACUAGCAAUGUCCCGACGUCUCAGGCGGAAAUAAUUUCGUCAACGGAAACUGUAAUGGCCACUGCGACUACAACGACACCAGCAGUGGCGGCGGAAGUUAAAAUUUCGGAGAAGGAUGAGGAGGAGGAGGAGGAGGAGAAGAAGGCGGACGAUGCUGAGAAUGUGGUGACUAUCACGGGAGAAGAUGGGGUUGUUUAUCAAGUUGCGGGACAGGCCGAGGAUGGACAGACGCUGUUGGUAACGAGGGGAGCUGAUGGGGAACAACAGUGCGUUUAUGUGACCACUGAUCAGCAGGGAGAAGAUGGAUCGGUUUUAACUUUGGACCAUGCAGUUGCUGAAGCUGUGGCCCAACUUUUGCCAGAUCAGGCGAAUUUGGGAUCUCAAUUUUAUGUUAAGGAAGGCGAAGGCGGAGAAACGGCGGAAAAUCAGAUGGUGAUGUCGAUUAUGGAGGAUCCGAAUGCGUCUACGACAGCGGUUGCGGGAACACAAGAUGAUUCUGAGGGACAGGUAGUCGCGCAGGUUGUUCAGGCAGAUGAUCCUACACCUGGUGGUACAAGAAGAGUUGUCCUGCUUCUUCCUGAUGGAAACCUGAUGAUGACAGAAGUUGACGAAGAGCAGUAUGCUGCAUUAGAACUUGACAAGUGAGAACUGAAAGUACUCACGAGCAAAACCAAGAAGUUAAAUAGCACUCGCUACAUUGGAUCGCACUUUAAAUAAAAAGGUGUCCAAAACAUAAUAGUAAGUGUGCAUCGUUUGUGUAUAUAUUUAUAGCGACUUUGAUUUUGUGCGUUGGUUUGAGACAAAUUAACAUUUUAAAUGACUCUUAUUUUGAAAGAAAGGCUCUUUGAAAAUUGUAAAAAUAAAAUACACAGUUCAGUUGAUCAUCGCCGAUAGAAUCUAUGUAUUAGGUUUAACACAUGCUCCAGGAUUAAUGUCUCUAUGUAUUACAAUCAACAUAAAUUUUUACUUAGGUUUAUUAUUAAUUUAUGACGGUUGAAGUAUUUCUCGAGAAAUGCAGGUAACGAUCAUACUUUUAAUACUAUUAUCCUAUAAAGGCGUUCACUUGGUAUUUUAAUAAGAGCUGUACCAGAUAAUCUAGGGUUUUAUAUUUCUCGCUCGCGAUAAUUUAUUGUUCGAUAUUUUUGAAGAUUUAUUUUCCGGAAUCAAAAUGUAUAAUUGCUGAUUGUUAUUGUCAUCGUGGUAUGAAACCAUGACACGACAACACGAUGAAGAUGGGAAUGUUUGACUUGAACCUAGUUUAACAUUAUGAAGAAAGUAUAAACUUUGGAUAAUUGGAGAGGAGAAACUGUUUUCAUUCUUUUUCUUUAAGGAGUCAAGUUGAUAGAGAAAUAUUAUUUUUGUCGCGCAUGUGCGAGGCAAGCCUUGAAAAGCUCUCGUUGAUUACUUUUAGUUUAUGAAUGACUUGUAUGCCUCGUUAAUAAUUUGAUGUAAGUUAUCAGUUUGUGUACAGUUUUAUCAUCUAUCGAAUUUUAUUUUACGUUGAUCAAUCGAAUAAAGUAACGCGUUAAGCUAGAUUCAAGCAAGCAGUUUUUGUGCGCAUUGCAAACAAGUUUCGGAAUUAUGUCUCGAUGAGAACCAAUGUCUGAAUAAAUAAUUAUUAUGAUUAUAUCCACUGUCAAAUCCCUAGAAAAGAAAGUAUAUCUCUGUACAUAUUCUACAGUUCUGAGUGAUAAGAAACUUAAAUAUAAAAUCCUAGUUGGUACUACACGUAUAAUUACCCUUCUGUAAAUAAUAUUAGAUCCGUAAUCCUUUAUAUAUUAAAAAUAAGAUGUUUUAAAAUAAACUCUACACAUGGAAA